CGCACUACUCUGGUCUCAAAGCAUCAGAAACAUGUACGGUUGUUGUUUAAGAGGUCAGGUGCAAGAUAAUCUUUUCGCAACUACCCAAUAUAAACCCUCCCCGCUUAUUUCUCUGUCUAUUUUAAAAAGUGCAUUUUGAAAGAGUUCGUUAAAAGCGAUACAUUCUCUCGCCACACAGACAUUCCCCCCUACUUCUUUCCUCACAGAGAUAUUUUAACCCUUAAAAAAGGGCGCCAAAGCAAAGACACAGGUAACCCAGGCAGUGUGAAGACCGUUUGAAUUUGAAGUAUCAUUUAAGAAGCCAAACGGUUUCAAAGCAGUUGCAGAAGCGAGCCUUACAGCAAGACACAAGCAAAUUCACAGUUCUCCUGACGUUUUGUGCUUUCGUUGCUAAGCUCACAACUUAACGAUUAUUUCUUGAGAGCGAAAAUGACUGAUCUUGUCGAGCGUGGCAAGGCGAUGGCUGCUGGCGUCAUGUCAAUUUUCAUUUUAAUUACCGCAGUCGCCGACAUGAUAUGUGGAGCGAUUUAUGCUUUGAUAGGAGGGAUACAUGGAUCUGGACUUUGGACAGGAUUCGGGUUACUACUUUGUGCAGUGUUUGGUCUCAUAACGUGGCUGAGAAGAAGCAAAACAGCUAUGGCGUUCUUCCUUGUCCUAGACAUCCUGUGGUUUGUUGUGUGUGCGGCUGGGACCGGAGUCUCAUUUGGGCUUCUUACCUUACUCACCAUUCUAAAAGGGUUGAUGGAAGAACACUGCAGCUUGAAUGCGGAGGGAACAUGCCACUGCAGUGGAGAGUAUGAUGUCCCAAUGAACAUGGAUGACUGCGACAAAGUAACAGUUGCCCAGCGCUGUAUGUUUGCUAUCUUCGUGUUGGACGGCAUCGGAGCCCUCCUUGCGCUGGGUGGUUCUAUCAUUGGUUGCAUGGGAGUCUGUUGCACUGGACAAGUCGCGACUACAGUUGUUGUUGUGGAGCCCUCUGGAGUGACGACGCAGAAAAUGAACCAAGGUGCACCUCCCCCGGAAUAUCCUUCGAUCCCUCGCUAUAAAUAGUUUUGAACUUUACCAGGAACACAUUUGUCCGGGGUGGGAGGAUGACCGUACUUGUGGGGAUGCUUUUGUUCUCAUAAAUCAUUUUGCAGUUUACGGCUAUUCCAGUUUCGCUGUGACUUUUCAGAUUUCAUUGAGGGGCCAACCAUCAGUCCCAGGAGAUGGAGAUUGGGUCAGUUACUUAUUCAUUCCUUUUGUCACAGUUGACGUUGAAGAAAUAUUCCCUUCACAUUAGGAAGCAAAUUUUUUAUGAGCAUUUUCAUUUUUUUUUCGCCAAUACCAGCUUUUUACGCAUAAAGCGGCGUUUUUCUUUUGGCACCAAUCCGAUGGUAAACCGACUGAAAAUUAUAUUCUAUCCCUUUCAUGUUUGGCCUUCCAAUGUGACACUUUGUACCUAAUUUAUCUGAAUAAAGAUCGGUACC